GCUACUUCCGAAGGCCCCGAUGCCAUGGAGGAGUGGGAUGUCCCCCAGAUGAAGAAAGAGGUAGAAAGUCUUAAGUACCAACUGGCCUUCAAGAGAGAGAUGUCCUCCAAGACCAUCCCUGAGCUCCUCAAGUGGAUCGAGGAUGGGAUCCCCAAGGACCCCUUCCUGAACCCUGACUUGAUGAAGAAUAACCCUUGGGUGGAGAAGGCCAAGUGCUCCAUUCUGUGA